AUGGUCAGAACACCAACCAGUCAAUCGAAUAAGAUUGGAUGGGCAUUUGGAUUAGGUUUGGAACGUAUAGCGAUGGUAUUGUUUGGUAUACCGGAUAUAAGAUUAUUUUGGUCGAAAGAUGAACGAUUCACAAGUCAAUUCACAUCCUCAGAUAAAAUAGUAAAAUUUCAACCAUUUUCCAAACAUCCAUCCUGUACAAAAGAUAUUAGUUUUUGGUUGAAUAAUGAAGAAGAUGGAAGAGAAAUGAAAUUUCAUGAAAACAAUUUUUGUGAAAUAGUAAGAGCAAUUGCUGCAGAUUUAGUAGAAGAUGUUAAAUUGGUUGAUGAUUUUAUAAAUCCAAAAACUAAAAAACGUAGUUUAUGCUAUAGAAUUAAUUAUAGAUCUAUGGAUAGAACAUGUACAAACGAAGAAAUCAAUGACAUUCAAGAAAAAGUAAGAAAUAAUAUCGAGAAAGAAUUAAAUGUUACAUUAAGAUAA